AUGCCAAUCACAGGUGUCUACUUCAUCCCCUCAAAUCCCAACUCCUCAACAGCCCUCCCCCAGAUAACAGAACGACUCCGCACAUCCUUCCCAGAUGAAGAACUAUCCCCAAUCGGCCGCUGGAGUCUAGAACAAAAGCUGCUCCGCGACACACCAGGCCUUCUCCCAAACCCAAACACAACCAAACCCCAAAGCCCAAGAUACAUGCAAUUCCUCUCACUGACCCAUUACCCGCACCAUGCCUUCAUCUACACCUCCGAGCCGGAGAAUGCACCAGCAGCACCGCAAACAGGCCCAGUCAACGGCAUCGCGCCUGACCACUCGCCCGCCCUGCCGAUGGUCAUGACGACUGUCCCACCGUCGGCAGCGGCGGGGCUCUUCCAGCAUUUCACUUAUGCUUGCCAGCCGCUCUGGAGCCAUCGGCUCACUGUUUCUGUGAAUGGUGUUAUGUAUGAUAUCGGCGAUUUCCGCGUGCGGGUUGGUGAUGUCCGGCAGACUUUCCCGACUGCCAGGGUCAGGGGGACGGUUGUUGAGAUUGAGUGGCGGGGCCCUUCAGUUGUUGAAGGGGGUUUGGAGGGCUUUGUGGAUGCGGUUCGGGAGGAGGAUGUUGAUGCUGAGUAUGCGGCUACAGCGGGGUUGAUUAGGGAAUUUUGGGGGAGGUUGGGAAUGGUUGGGAGAGAGGCGAAUCUUAUUCCAGGUGUUGGGUGUGAGGUCAAGGAGAGGUUGGGAAGGAAGGUGAAUGGGGGGAAGGGUCAAGGUGGUGAGGAAGAGAGGGCUGAUGAAGAUCCGGAUCCUUCUGCUGGGACGGACGUUGCGAGGCAGUUUAUGGAGGUUUUGAGGUUUAAUCGGUAA